AUGGGGUACACGAUUGUUUCUGGAUUUAGAGGCAGCGAUUAUAUUCAAACGUUUAGGAACGAUAGGGGAAGAAGAUGGGAGGCUUUUUCUAAGUUAGCCGAGCAUUACGAAGGAAGUGGCGGUGGAACAAGAAAUGAUAUGAAAUAUGACACAGACCUCUCCGCAUCGUCUAUGUCAAGUUCUUCAUCGUCUGCUUGUUCCAAUUCGAACAAGCUUGACCUUGGCUAUUUGGAACUUGAAGACUUCGCUCAAGUUGAGGACGAUGGAUUAUUUUUCCACUUAGCAUUUGCUAUGGAAGAAGUGACGCUUAUGUGUUCGCACAAGCUUAUGAAAAGAUACCUCGGGAAGACUAUGGAAUUCUGCCGGAAAUGCCUAGAGCCUUCGGAGCAGCCAACAUUAUUGGAAGAGAAGUUUCUCAUGCUUCAAGUUUUCAGUGAUGGACUGAACAUUGGAAAGAAAAUCUUAGAGUUGACGGAACCGCUAUCUUUGGAUGGUAUUUCAUUGUUCUUUAUCUCGAAUUUUUUCUCAGAUAUAGUGUUAAUACCUGCCAAAGACAGGAGGAAAGCUCUGACUAUAUUGAAUAGGAUAUCGAAGAAACAGACACAGAUUCAGGAGGAAUUGAAGCCAGAGAAGAAGCCGGAUUUGGAAAGCAAAACGUUUGAGCUUUUCAAAUCCCAACUAAUCCAACCCAAAUUGAUAGAUAAGGUGAAGCUUCUUCUCACGGGAGCUAGGUCAGGUGACUGUGGCAAUGUACUGAAAAGAACAGCAGAGGCUCUUUGUAAGCUCAAUACAGACAGAGUGGAAGAUGGCAAAAAUAAGGACGAUAACUUUCCGGCAUACUUCGCCAUUACGCGUACUUGUACAGGGGAAAUCAGUCUUAUGCUCCCGCAGGAAGCAGAUGAAAUGAGGAAAUUAAACUACGAUAAAAGCACCAUUAUGGGUUCGCUCCAAGAUUCUUAUUAUCCUGUCUUCAUUGAUCUCAGCAACCUUCCUUUAGAUCUCAAAGGUAUUGUCGCCGGUGUCGCAUCGAAGCUUGUCAAAUCGGGGUUAAAUGAGAUGAGCUAUUUAAGUUUUGGUAAGUCCGGUGUGGUGCUCAUCCCGGACAACUUCCACGAUACUGUGGAGCAGAUACUUCAAGGGUUAUGA